AUGACAGGCAAAGACGGUAAGGUUCUCGUGGCGGAUCUCCCAAUGAUGUAUCCCAGCGACUUCCUGCGGUUUGAGGAGGAGGGCGGUAUCUGGGGCCGGCAGUGGCGGGUGCGGCGCAAGCAGCUCACAUUUGCCCUGACGACUGCCACCCUCAGCACGGCGCUCGGCACCGUAUACAUCCUCUCACGCCGCAACACGGGGUUUGUCCUCUUCAGCACCUUCACCGGAUUCACGGUUCUCGGCUUCUGCGUCGGCUCUGCGCUCUCUUCGCUCGCCUACACGAAUGUUGCAAGCAACAAGGAGACGUCCAUGAUGCGCCGUGUGUGGUGGGCGAAGGAGUGCGCCAAGAACUGGGACUACUCGCAGGUGAACGAGGGCGUGUGGAAGGCGAAGUACCCGCACGCGGAGAUCCCGAAGAAGGCGUGGCAGUAA